AUGUCCAAAGGAAAAGUUUGUUUAGCAUAUUCUGGUGGUUUAGAUACCUCAGUUAUUUUAGCUUGGUUAUUAGAACAAGGUUAUGAAGUUAUUGCUUUCUUAGCCAACAUUGGUCAAGAAGAAGAUUUCGAAGCAGCUGAAAAGAAGGCAUUAGCUAUUGGUGCCACAAAAUUCGUCGUUGUUGAUGUUCGUAAAGAAUUUGUUGAAAAAGUUUGUUUCCCAGCUAUUCAAACUAAUGCAAUUUAUGAAAAUGUUUAUUUAUUAGGUACUUCAUUAGCUAGACCAGUUAUUGCCGAAGCACAAAUCAGAGUUGCUGAAGAAUAUGGAUGUUUUGCUGUUUCUCAUGGAUGUACUGGUAAAGGAAAUGAUCAAGUUAGAUUUGAAUUAUCUUUCUAUGCAUUAAAACCUGAUGUUGUUGUUAUUGCUCCAUGGAGAGAUCCAGAAUUCUUUAACAGAUUUGCUGGUAGAAACCACUUAUUAGAAUAUGCUGCUGAAAAGAAUAUCCCAGUUGCUCAAACCAAAGCAAAACCAUGGUCAACUGAUGAAAACAUGGCUCAUAUUUCUUUUGAAGCUGGUAUUUUAGAAAAUCCAGAUACCACCCCACCAAAAGAUAUGUGGAAAUUAACUGUUGAUCCAACUGAUGCCCCAGAUACCCCAGAACAAUUCUCGGUUGUUUUCGAAAAGGGUUUACCUGUUAAGUUAAUCUUGGAUGGUGGUAAGAAGGUAGUCACUGAACCAGUUGAAUUAUUUAUUGAAGCUAAUGCAUUAGCUAGAAGAAAUGGGGUUGGUAGAAUUGAUAUUGUUGAAAAUAGAUUCAUUGGUAUCAAAUCCAGAGGUUGUUAUGAAACCCCAGGUUUAACUAUCUUAAGAUCAGCUCAUGUUGAUAUUGAAGGAUUAACUUUAGAUCGUGAAGUUCGUGCCAUUAGAGAUCAAUUUGUUACUCCAACUUGGUCUAAGAUUUUAUAUAAUGGUAUGUAUUUCACUCCAGAAGGUGAAUAUGUUAGAUCUAUGAUUGAUCCAUCUCAAAAGACCGUUAAUGGUGUUGUUAGGGCUGCUGCCUACAAGGGAUCUGUUACUAUUUUGGGUAGAUCUUCAGAUACUGAAAAAUUAUAUGAUGAAACUGAAUCUUCAAUGGAUGAAUUAACUGGUUUCUCUCCUGAAGAUACUUCUGGUUUUAUUGCCGUUCAAGCUAUUAGAAUUAAGAAGUAUGGUGAAGCUGCUAGAGAAAAGGGUACUCCUUUGACUUUGUAA